UCACAGGACGAAUUGCACUCUGUAGCCGCCUGUCAAUCGUAGGGGGAGUUGUAACUCGUGAGGAGCUGACUUCCCUAUAAGUAACUUUCUUCCAUGCAGAAAAAUGGCGCACUAUCCAACAGUUGACACCUCACCCCCCGAGCUGGAAGCUGCUUCUGUAGAGCAGCCUUUUCUUGCAGCAGGACAGUCUUCAAACACAGCAAGUCAGCGGCUUGGGUAUCAUUCUGGACGGCGCUCCUACAGGGAUGCUUUUUUCCUGGUGCUCUUUUUGACGGCGCUUGGCGCCACCGUCGGCAUUGGCAUCUAUGGGAUCUUGCACAGAAACCGGGACUUUCUGGACCUUGUGGGAAAGGACUCGCUCAAUGAUCCUGCCAACUGCCCUGCUUACCACACAGACAACGUCACGCUUCUAAACCACCUGAGGAGCAACGAAGCUACUCUUGGGGCCCUGGCGAAGGCUUUUUUGACUCCUGUGGCGGUCACGCUUGGAGCGAGCGUUGUCCUCGGUCUUAUCCUCCUGUGGCUCCUCAAGACCGUCCCCUUCUUCCUCGUCUAUGCCACCGUCAGCCUCGUGGUCUUGUCGCCAGCGCUGGGAGGGCUGGCAGCGUACUCCCUUGCUCGUGAUGACAGGCAGAGGGACCCGCAGAUCGUUCUGUACCCAGCGGGGGCCACCGCCGUCCUGGCAUUCGUCUUUUGGUACAUUCGAGACAAGUUGGCCCUGACGGCCCGUCUCCUGGGCUGCUCGGCGGCCGCACUGAGAGAGAAUCUGAGCCUGUUGACUUUCGUUGCGCUCGUCCAAGUGUUCGCGGUUGUGAUUUGGGUCCCCAUCCCCGCCCUGAUCGGGGUUGCCUACACAGACGGCCGUCUCGCCCCUAACCCGGACCUGAAGCCCGGCCAAGCGUGCGGAGCAAAUUAUGACGUCACGUGCUGCGCUUGGCAGCCCAAAAGCUGGUUCCCAGCGUAUGCCGCCCUGGCCGGCGUCGUUGCGCUGUGGCUGGCGGCUCUCGUGAACCACAUCCAAAGCUUCACAGUCGCAGGCGUCAUAGCCCAGUGGUAUUUCGCAGAGCUGGGCCACCGGAGGAGGGCUCCCAUCUGCAAGAACCUUCGGUACGCGGUGGGCCCGUCGCUGGGCACGCUCUGCCUCUCCAGCCUGGUCGUAACGGUCAUCUCUCUCGUCAAAGACGCCCUGGAAAAUGCGAAGCAGAAGCUGCGGGAGAGCGGCGGCGAGAACCUGCUGCUGUCGUGCGUCGUGUGCUGCUUCGAGGCGAUCCUGUCGGGCAUCGAGUUCGUGACCAAGUUCACCAUCAUCACCGUUGCCAUUACCGGCGACAGCUUCUGUUCCGCCGCGGCGCGCACCUUCGUCCUCCUACGCCGGAAUCUGCUGUCAAGCGUCACAGUUGAUAGCGUCUCGAUCUGGGUCCUGAACCUGGGGACCUUCGUGUUGUCCGCCGCAUGGGGGACCGCGGUCGGCCUGUUCUGCUCCCGCCAGUGGAGCCACCACAACGCACCCGGCUUCGACAGAGAGGACGCAGGGGCUUUGGGCGCUGUAGAAGGACAGGUGUGCUUCCUGGUGGCUUUCGCCCUGCUGCGGCUCUUCAGCCAGCUUCUUCUGAGCGUGGUGGACACUGUCUACAUCUGCUUCGCUCUGGACAAGAACCAAGGCGACGUGACCAGGCGACAAGUACACGAGAUCUACGAGAAGCUUCCCAGCGUGAAGAAGGGCAGACAUGGUGAGGACUACGAAGCUGCGCAAGGCAACGGCGGGCAACCUUACUAUGCGUCCGCACCCCCAGUGCCGGGACUGCCAGCGCACAACGCCACAAGAGGGGAGCCGGUCACAGGUUAUCCUUUAAGGUAGCCCUGGGGUCGCAACCUCUUUGGCUCUGUCAAAAGCAACAAUAUGCGUGUGUACAUAUGAUGUCAUUUUUAGUCACGUUUCCCAUUUUUGGAGUCACUCCUGCUCGAGUGUUGCGGUCGACCCGUCAAGAACAAGUAAAGGGGUAUUGCUGUGGUAUUUUUAGUAUUAAGAUCAAAGAUAGCCGGACAAGGAGAGGAACAUUGCAUGUGCCAUUUUUGAGUUUGAAUAGAUUGGAGGCCGUAGUCACAUGUUAUGUGUAAGAGCGUGGUCCGACUAAAUUGCGUGGCAGCUAGGUUGGCCCGCAUUGAGUUAUGAAAGUGUAUUUCUUGCAAACAUGUAUUAUUUUGUAUCUCAAAAG